AUGUCGUCCAGCGACGACGAACAGGAGGAGUACGGCCCUAAGAACUACACCAGCCGCGCGCACAAGCUGGCCACCCUGUUCAUCAUGACGGCUGGCAGCGCCAAUGCAACGCAGUUUCCCAUUAUGUUCAUCGUCAACGGAGGACUGCCGUUCCUGCUGGCGUACCUAGCGUUCCUCGCCGUGGUGUCAUUGCCAAUCAUGCAUCUGGAGAGCGGCCUGGCCCAGUUCGCUGGAGACGGUCACUUCGGCGUCUUCAGCACAGUUCCGCUCUUCCUCGGCCUGGGCAUCACGAUGGGUGUGUACGCGAUCGUGCACAUAGUGGCGGACUCGGUGCCGGUGACCGACCAGCUGCUCUACCUGCUGGACUCCCUCCGGGAGGCGGCGGGCAACGAGUGCCGGUACGGAAUGCUCCUGGCCCCCAACCGCACCUGCUACGUGCCGAGGCACCCAUUCGUGAGUGGCUCUCUCGCUGCCUGCAAGCACGAACUAGUUACUUAG